AUGGUCAUGAGCCUUAUCAAUCAGAAGUUGUCAGAAGGUAAGCUCUAUCGAAAAGUGGUCGAACACCUCAGAAAAUGCGACUAUAGUUUAGAAGAAUUUUUUGAAUCUAUAGACUUCAUAAUUCGCAUGUUGGAAGAUGACGCAUUACAGCGAGGCGAGAAAUUAGAAUCUGAUAAGAAUAACGAUGUCAGCGUUAGACCCAAAACGAAACCUAUGCAGAAUAAUUCUUGUCCCUUUUGCAAUGAACGGCACCCGCCUCACGGAUGCCGCCGAGUAAGUGACGUGGCUGCCAGACGCCGCAUUCUACUAAGGAAGGGCCUGUGUUUUAAUUGCCUUCAGUCAGGUCACCGUAGUGAUAGAUGCACUAACCCCAAUUCAUGUAAAAGUUGUGGAAAUAAUCAUAAUACUUCCAUUUGUGAUAAUAGCAGCUUCAGAAAAGCACAUUCAUUUCCCUCCACUUCGUCCCGAAAUAAUUCCAGUUUAGUAAGUAACAGUCAAGCUACAACCUCCCACCCUGUAGUAAAUUCGACGACCAGGCAGCACGAUAGAAACCCCCGUCCGCCCAAAGAGAAAGUAGAAUCACAACCGUGUAAGAGCGCUAAAGUAGCCCAAACGUCUAGUGUAGAUCUUCCCUGUACGAUUUUGCCAACGGCCAUGGCCGAGAUCCAUCACAAGCAGGGGAGUAAACGGGUUCGCUUGUUUUUGGACACUGGGAGUCAACGAAGCUUUAUCUCUGCAAAAACUGCAAAGCAGUUAGGCCUGCCAGUGGUAGGCAAAGUGGCGUUGAACAUUGCUCCCUUUGGUUCAGCAGAAAUCAGUGGCCAGUAUGACGUUGUGAGUUGCCGGGUAGAGAUGGGUAAUAGAAUUGUUCAAAUGAAACUAGUUGUUCAGGAGAACGUAGACGUCCCGAUUCAUAACGCAGGUUAUGUAAGAGUAAGACAACACCUAGUAGGGAAGGGAGUCAUGUUAGCAGAUCCUGACAGUAAGAGCGAUAAGUUACGGAACGUGCACAUUCUUGUGGGUGCAGACUAUUUUAAUUAUUUCAUUAUUGGAGUAGAAAAGAUCGAUGGGAUAAGUCUUUUUCUGACCCAUAAUGGCAUGUCGCCAUAUGGGAGAGUGCUACAGUGGCUAUUAGAAGGUCACAAGAUAGAUCAUGUGAGAACACUCAGGGUAUGUAGGGUGGCGAGCGAACCAAUUGCAUUUGAUGUUGAUGAAUGGUGGCGUUUAGAUACAUUAGGCAUCGCCCCAUCCGACCAGUACACUGUCCGCGAAGCGGAAGCCAUGCGAAAGGUUUCGCAGAGUGUAACGAAGAAGCCUGUAGGAUAUCAGGUUAGCUUGCCGUUCCGUUCAGAAGGUAGGCCAGAAACAAACUUUAGAAAUGCUGUAGCACAGCUGGAUUCGCUGCAAACCAAAUUUCAGAAAGACAAGGAAUACUAUAAUCAAUAUCAGGGAGUGAUUGACAAAUACCUGGAGGCAGGAUUUAUAUAUGAAGUAAAAGAUCCAAAAAUAGAAGGAUACUACAUGCCGCAUUUCGUCAUUAAAAAAGAUAGCCGCACGACCCCCCUUAGAAUCGUAUUCAAUGCCUCAUCCAAAGCUAAGAAUAAUAAAUCCUUAAAUGAAUGCCUGUUACCUGGGCCUAAUUUAGUAGAGUUGGCCUAUAAUUUGCUUCUAAAGUUUCGAAUGAAUAAAUACGCCAUGCUUGCAGACAUAAGCAAAGCAUUUCAUAGAGUACUAUUAGAUCCCCGUGAUGCCAAAUAUACAAGAUUCCUGUGGGCGAGAGUAGCAGGUCGAGCGCUGACCUUCGCUUUCAGAGUCGUGGUGUUCGGCAAUCACGGCUAG